UGAACCUCCUCAAUUCAGUGUUCAGUGUACAUUACUGUGUUAAAACAGUGACGUAUCACUAAAGAGGAAGCUGCAGAAGCACAGGAAGAGCUGCUGCUGUUUAAAGAAGAGCUGAACAUAUAUAUAUAAAGCAGAAGACGAGUGUCAGAAACACAGAAUGGCUGAUAGGAGUCCUCUGUUUCUGCUGCUCAUCUUCUGGACACUCAGCACAGGUGUGUUUGGAGCAGGAGAGACUCAUGUGUUCAGCAGUUCUGGAGAAACUGUUCAUCUGCCCUGUAGAAAUACUGAUCAGUACUGCAGACCAGCAGGAACAAACUGGCUCUUUAACUGUUACAGACGAUCACCGGCAGUUGAACUGAUUGGUUUAGGGGUAAAGAAGAGAAACCCAGACAGACUGAAUCUGGGCUCUGACUGCUCUCUGAACAUCAGUAGAGUCACAACAGAAGAUGCUGGACGUUACAUCUGCCAACAGUGAAGAGGAGACCAGAAACAAGGCACUGAUUCACAUGUGUAUCUGCAUGUUGUUGCUGUUUCAGUCUCUCCUUCAUCAUCAUCAUCUUCACCUUCACCGGGUCUCUUUCUGACAGUCUACUGUCAGCUGUUCUCAUAUACUGCAGAUGUCUGUAAGAGUUUAGUCAGAUCAGAGGACCUUCGGCUGUCCUGGUUGAAUGAGGCUGGUGUUAAUCUGAACACAGACUCCAGAUAUCAGAUAUUGUCCUCUGAACACUGUCUCAUCAGUCUGUCUACAACACUCAUCAGUGAAGAUGAAGAUAAACAGUGGAGAUGUGGAGUCUAUCAGAGAAAUGAACUGAAGACCUCAGACACGUUUACUGUCCAGUAUUCAGCUAAAGCUAACACAGAUCCAGCAGUGAGUCCAGCGCUCUUCACAACACAGACAACACCAGCAGGAGCUUCUACAGCAGCUAAAGCUGAAGCAGAGACAUUUUGUGUGAUGAAACAGCAGUGACUCCAGCGCUCUUCACAACACCAGCAGGAGCUUCAGCUCAUUCUUCAUUUAGUAGGAAGUGGCGGGUGUUCAGACUGGACAGAAGAUUUGUAUAGAGACUUGUCUGUCACCAGGGGUCUCUGCAGCAGUCACUCUUGUGUUCUUGAGUCAAUAAGUUCCUCUCUGACUAUGUGGACCUGUGUUAAGUUCAUCAAUAAUGCUCCACAACUAUCUGCUCAAACAGGCUAGAUCCAAGAUUAUGAGAACCUCAGGAUAAGGAGAGACAGACAUACGUGAGUUCAGGUGAUGUUUAAAUUAUAGUCUUUUUGUGAAGGGUCUGGUGGGCCUGAUUAAAUGGUGAAUUACA